AUGAGAAUCGAUGGUGUUGACGACCCAAAUGCCUGGUGGAGAUGUCCUGAGAACUUCGAUUCCCCACUUGUUCUGUUCAUAGAUUGGGACAAGGAGAACUGGAUAUUCGGCCAAAGAGACUUAUACCUCAGGCGCAUCGAGGAACACACCAACACCUUUAUUCAACUGGAGCAGUGGUUUACAGCCUCGGGCCAGACUCGAGUCACUGUGGUUGGGCCACCCCGAGUCAAGCAGUGGUUGGAGGAUAUGUUUCGAGGCAUGAAUAGCGAGAACCUUUACCUCCAUCUGCUAGGCCUUAGUAUGUUGCGGCACGUCCAGGAACGGCCCCUGACCAGUGCUGACUUGGAGGACUAUUUCAGGAGGCAGUCGUAA